GGAUGGGUGGGAAUGGGAGAGCCGGGAAGAACAAACGGCCAGUAAGACACUGAAGGAGAGAAGAGGUACUAACACCAAGAGGCAAAGGGAGCAAGGACUACGGGUUUAUUUAAUCUUCCAGGGCCAGAAAAGCCUGUAAGACACUCAGCCAUCAUGGCCUUGAAUCCUGAGGAUCUCGGUAGUGGGUUCAGGCAUAGCAAGGUGUCAAUGUUCAUCAAUGAACAAAUGGCCAAGCACGACAAAGGCCCUGAUUUCUACCUUGAGAACCUGUCACUGUCUUGGGAAGAGGUGGAAGACAAGUUUAAAGUCAUCCUUGAGGAUAGUGAGGUACCUAACGAAGCUCGGGAAGCCUGUGCCUGGGGCACCCUGGCCUUGGGUGUACGCUUCGCUCACAGGCAAGGCUGCUUACAAGGGCAUGGUGUGCAGUGGCUGCAAGACUUGUCUAGCCUACAUAAGGUGUCUGCACUCUCCUUGUCACCAGACCUGAAGCAGCUCAUCCACCAGCAAGAGAUGGAGCAGAAGGAGGUAGCUAUCCAGCUUCAAAUUGCUCAGGCCAAACUGGAAGAAGUACAGAAAGAGAGAGACCUACUGAGACUGAAGAUCUUCCAGGCAGAGCUGAAGGCUCUCCCGAAUGCAGUAAGACCAGCUGUGGCCAUUCCUCCUGCUGCCAGAAGAGGAGGGAUGAGAACUCAAUGGUCAAGUGCGAAGGAGAACUUGGCAGAGUGGAUGGCUGCUGCCACAGGAAGACCGAAUGAGAAGGCAAAUGUGAGAGAAGCUGCAGUGGCAGGGACAAUAACUUCCCCAGAAGAGGCCUCAGAGGAGCCCAAUGGAAGUUUCAUGAAGCUUCUAGGAGUCGUGAAGUGGAAAAAUUAUCCCCUGAAAAGGCAGAGAGCAGAUCUCAGACCCAAGAAGGCAUCCAUGUGUUCUUUCUCUCAGUCCCUAAAUCUGAGAUCGACUGCCUCCUCUGAGCCCUUUACUGUCCAACUCCCAGCCUCAUUCACAUACUCCUAUGAAAGCCCCUUCCCGGCCAUACCAACAACUUCCCAACUACCAACAACAGAAAGAUCACCUCAUAUGUAUCCCUAUUCUAUGGCCUCUGAUAUAAGUCAUCUGUCUGAUAUGGGAAUCCACAGAGGAGAUCAUCAAGAACUACCAAAAGACAAGAGAUUUUCAGCAUUCCGUAGGCCUGGGGAUUGGGACUGUCCUUGGUGUAAAGCUGUGAAUUUUUCAAGGAGGGAAAACUGUUUCCACUGUGGGAAGGGAAUUUGGCUGCAAAACCCUUAAUGAAUUUGGAAUGCAAAAUAGAGCUGAAACAAA